AUGGCUGAGCAGUUUGAACAGAUAAAAUUCUAUGACGAUCGAUACUAUCGAGAUGGUGCCAAUUUGAAACAUAACUUAUCGUUUGCCGGUUGCGGAUUCCUCGGCCUCUACCACGUGGGCGUAUGCUGUUGCAUGAAAAAACUGGCUCCACAUCUGUACCAGAACAAACGUUUGUCCGGCACUAGUGCUGGAGCUAUUGCUGCCGUAUGUCUGGUUUGUGAUGUCAAUAUUGCGGAAUGUGUCCAGUACAUGUGUGAACUCAUCAACAACGCACGACGCUAUCUCCUGGGCCCAUUCGAUCCACGCUUUCGUAUAACCGAGCAUCUACGUGAGGGCUUGAAUCGGAUCUUACCAUCCGAUGCCCACGUGAUCUGUUCCGGUCGCCUAUCGAUCUCGUUGACAUCUUACGCAACACGCAAAAAUGUGAUUGUAAAUCAGUUUCGUGAUAAGGAUGAACUGAUUAAUGCUAUCCUUUGUUCCGCCUAUAUUCCCAUUUUCAGCGGUUUCGUGCCACUCACUUUUCGCGGGCAGCCGGUUUUAGAUGGUGGCCUGUCGGACAAUUUGCUUUGCAUCGACAAAAUGACCAUCCGCGUUAGCCCGUUCGCGGGAGAUGCGGAUAUUUGUCCACUGGAUGCUCCGUGGGAUUCCGGUUACUUAACUCCAGCACCUCAACACGUGGAGGAUGUGAUUGGAUCGAUUAGCUUUUUGAACAACAACAUCCGGUUGAGCGGGACCAAUAUUCGUCGACUCAUGUAUACAGUUUGGCCCAUGGGUCCAGAUGAAUCUGCCAGUUUGGCCUACCAGGGCUAUGAGGAUGCAAGACGCUUUCUAAUUACUCGCGCCACAAACCUCGGACUUGGUCGUAGUGGAUCGCCUGUGUCCACAGGACCCACAGCGACUCGCCGGUUUCGACGGAAUGCCAGUGUGCAUUACCUGGAUACCAGUCGAAUUGAGCCAGUAAAAAAUCGAAACCGAAGUGGAACUGACUCGUCUCAUUCUAUCGAUCGUACCACACCUAGCCCCAGGGACUACCAAACCGCAAGUCCGACGAUCAUACCCACCUGCGGUCUUGGGUGGAAUGUGCCCGAGUGCGCUGUUUGUCAGGAGGAGUUGCGUAAAGCGACUCAAUCCACGAUGCCCGCUUUCCUUAUCGCAAUCAUCAGGGGUGAUGACAAACGUCGAAGGCAAAUGUCCAGCCCCGCAUUAAUGUUGUCCUCGUUGCGCAUGUUGGGACAAGGAUGGACAAUGGCUCUUGAUGCGAUUCGAUCUGGUGCAUUAUCAUUAUAUUGGCUUAGUCGUCAUAUGUUCUGUCUACCUUUACGGCUACAACUGGAUGUACUGAUUCAUAUCAUGACGAAGUGA